CAUCGCAACACAGCGAUGCUCCAGCCUGCUCUUGUGUUUGUGAUCGCUUGGAGAAGAUUUGUUUACAAAGAUCUUUAGAUUAUCGUCAUACAUGCUGGUUGAUGCUUCCUCUACCUUGUCAUACACAUAAACCGAGACGCGGAUGUUAUAUAGGUCUAACAGGAAUAAACAUCUGUUAUUUAUAGUCCAGGCCUUAACAGAGCGCAUAGCAUCCUUAACAUCAGGACUGAUCGGGGAUUGUGUAUUUUUUAUUGCGGUUUCGGGGGUUUCAUGCGUAUAAAGGUGUAAAGCUCUGUUCAGUGGGAUGCACAUCAGUGCUUUGCCGUAUUCUCUCUCCGUUAUAAUGGCGGCUCUUUAUCAGGGCACGGACGCGUCCUCUCCGGAUAAAUAUCUGGCGUUAAAAGACGUCAGAGAGGUGAAGGAGGAGACAACUCUGGAUGAGAAGCUCUUUCUGCUGGCAUGCGAGAAGGGGGACUACUACAUGGUGAAAAAGCUUCUUGAGGAGAAACGACAUGGUGAAUUAAACAUUAAUUGUGUGGAUGUGCUGGGAAGAGAUGCUGUCACCAUUUCAAUUGAAAAUGAGAAUCUAGACAUAUUGCAGUUGCUGCUGGACCAUGGCUGCCAGGCCACAGAUGCAUUAUUAGUGGCUAUUGAUUCAGAAGUUGUAGGAGCUGUUGACAUCCUGCUAAACCAUCGGCCCAGACGCUCUUCCAAGCCUUCUAUUGCGAAAUUGAUGCAGCGCAUCCAAAACCCAGAGUAUUCCACCACCAUGGAUGUUGCUCCAGUUAUUCUUGCUGCCCACAGGAACAAUUAUGAGAUUUUGACAAUGCUCUUGAAGCAGGACAUCUCUCUGCCCCGACCUCAUGCUGUAGGGUGCGAGUGCACCCUCUGUAAUGCCAAGAACAAGAAGGACAGUCUUCGUCACUCAAGGUUUCGUCUAGAUAUCUACAGGUGCCUCGCCAGCCCAUCGUUGAUCAUGCUGACAGAGGAAGACCCCAUUCUGAGAGCAUUUGAACUCAGCGCUGACCUGAAAGAGCUGAGUCUGGUGGAAGUGGAGUUUCGGAAUGAUUAUGAAGAACUCGCCAAGCAGUGCAAGAUGUUCGCCAAGGACCUGCUGGCUCAGGCCCGCAACUCUCGCGAGCUGGAGGUGAUCCUGAACCACACUUCCAAUGAAGACCAUAUUAACAAGAGAGGCCUAAUGGAGGAGCGCAUGAACCUCAGUCGCCUCAAACUGGCAAUCAGAUACAACCAGAAGGAGUUCGUUGCCCAGUCCAACUGCCAGCAGUUUCUGAACACAGUGUGGUUUGGUGAGAUGGCGAGCUACCGGCGCAAGCACACAGGCUUAAAGAUUCUGUCUGUUUUGAGUGUGGCGCUGCUGUGGCCCCUGCUGUCUGUCUGCUACCUGCUGGGGCCUCGUUCUCGUGUGGGACAGGUCAUACACACGCCAUUUGUCAAGUUCAUCAUACAUAGCGCCUCCUACUUCACCUUUCUGCUGCUUCUGAACCUCUACUCACUGGUCUACAAUGGGAAUAAAAAGAAUAUAAUGGGCCCCGCUCUGGAAUUGAUAGACUACCUUCUAAUUCUCUGGAUUGUAGGCAUGGUGUGGUCGGAUGUGAAGCGUCUGUGGUAUGAGGGAUUGGAGGAUUUCCUGGAAGAGUCACGGAACCAGAUGAGCUUCGUCAUGAAUUCACUUUAUCUGGCCACCUUUGCCCUUAAAGUGGUGGCUCACAGCAAGUUCAAGGACAAUGUAAAGGACAGGAAGGACUGGGAUGCAUUUCACCCCAUACUGAUCGCUGAGGGACUCUUUGCUUUUGCCAAUGUUCUGAGCUACCUGCGUCUCUUCUUCAUGUACACCACCAGCUCCAUCUUGGGGCCUUUACAGAUCUCCAUGGGCCAGAUGCUUCAAGAGUUUGGGAAGUUUCUUGGCUUGUUCAUGCUGGUGCUCAUAUCUUUCACCAUUGGACUGACACAGCUGUAUGGAAAAGACCAGAAGGAUCCAUCCAGAAGCAAAGACGAAAGCAAAGACUGCGAGGGCAUCUUCUGUCAACAGCAGAGCAAUGACACCUUUCACACGUUUAUGGGGACAUGUUAUGCCCUCUUCUGGUAUAUUUUCUCCCUGGCACACGUGGCUCUGUUCGUCACGAGGAUCAGCUACACAGAAGAACUGCGUUCGUUUGUGGGAGCUCUUAUCGUCGGUACCUACAACAUUGUUGUAGUCAUCGUUCUUACCAAGCUUCUGGUGGCCAUGCUGCACAAGAGUUUCAGACAAAUCGCUAACCAUGAAGAUAAGGAGUGGAAAUUUGCCCGUGCCAAACUGUGGCUCAGCUACUUCGAUGACAAGUGCACCCUGCCUCCACCCUUCAACAUUCUCCCUUCGCCUAAAACUGUGUGUUACUUGGUGAUCAGCUUGAGCAAAUGGGUCUGUUCUCACACCUCCACCGGCAAGGUCAAGCGACAGAACAGCCUCAAGGAAUGGAGGAACCUGAAGCAGAAAAGAGAUGAGAACUACCAGAAGAUCAUGUGCUGUCUAGUGCACCGCUACCUGACAUCCACACGGCAGAAGAUGCAGAGCACAGACCAGGCCACGGUGGAGAACCUCAAUGAUCUGCGGCAAGACCUCUCUAAGUUCCGCAAUGAAAUGAGGGAUCUUUUGGGCUUCCGUACCUCCAAAUAUGCCAUGUUCUACCCCAGAAGCUAAGCCAUGACCAUUGACCCAGCAUGCACAGAAAUGCUUUUCUGCUGUUUCUUUGACAGACAUACGGUGACAAAACUGUCCUGGAACUUUACUGGAAUUGUAUUACACUCUGUUUAUUCUACACCAAAGCCUCCAUCAUAACUUAAUAUUCUUGCAUCCUACUUGUUUUCUAAAAGUGUAAUUCUUUUAAAAAUAAAAAACAUUUAUUAUGAAGAAAGUUUUUAUUUGGAAUUUUCAUCUAUCUAUCUAUCUGUCUGUCUGUCUGUCUGUCUGUCUGUCUAUCUAUCCAUCCAGCCAACUGUCCAUCUGUCCGUCCAUCCAUCCAUCCAUCCAUCCAUCCAUCUAAUGCUGUAUGUAUGCCUAAUGCUAUGUACUUUUGCUUAUACAUUAUGCUCAGAUACUAUGGCUAUACUACACUUAUUUUUCCCAACUUUUCGCCGACAUUUUUUUUAAGCCUCCAUUUAAUUCAAAAUUUCUAAUUGAAUCUAAGAUGCAGAUAUGGACAUGAUAUUGUCAUUAGAGGUAUGAGCAUAAAUGACCAUGCACAUUUACAUAACACCUAUACAGUAAUCACUACUGUAUAGUGAAUAACUUGGCAGGGACGUUGUUACUCAUUUUUUCCUGCAAAACAUUAGCCAGUAAUAACAAAGUCAUUUACACAUAAAAUUCUUAAUUGUACAGUAUAAAACAGCCUGUUUAAUUUUAAGGGCAAUAGAGAGGUCAUAAAAUGGUCCUGGAAAAAUAAACUACAACUAUUUUUGGUUUAAGAAACAAACAAAAAAAUACAUCAAAAUUGUUUGACAUGGUACCUUUAAAGGAAUAUUCCAGUUUGAAUGCAAGUUAAGCUCAAUCAACAGCAUUUGUGGCAUAAUGUUGAUUACCACAAAAAUGAAUUUCGUCUCAUUUUCUUUAAAAACAAAAGCAAAAAUCUGGGUUACAGUGAGGCACUUACAAUAAAAAUGAAUGGGGCCAAUCUAAAAACAUUAAAAUACUCACUAUUUCAAAAGUAUAGCCCCUAGAAAAAUAUGUUCACAUUAUUUUAGUGUGAUAAAAUCGCUUCCUAACCUUUUCUGUGUAAAGUUAUAGCCAAUUUUACAACUUCGUUGCCAUAACGAUAUAACACCAUAAACCCUAAAAUGACAGUUAAAACAACAAUUUAAAUAACUUUAUUGUUUUUUCACAAGUUUUAACAGAAGAAUUACUUUUAUAAGUGCUUUCAUAAAAUUAUAAGUUUCACUUUCUGUCUUUAAACCCUCCAAAAAUUGGCCCCAUACACUUCUAUUGUAAGUGCCUCACUGUAACCUCCAUUUUUGCUUUUCUUUUUUUUUAAGAAAAGGAUGGAUGAGUCGAAAUAACUUUUUGAGGUAAUCAACAUCAUGAUAGGAAUGCUGUCCAUUGAGCUAAACUCAGUGUUGAACCCAGAAUAUUCCUUUAAGAGCUUCCCAAACAAGUUAAAUGUCUGAAAAGGUCCCUUCAUAGUCAAGCACUGUCUGAGCUCCAGGCAAUUUUGGAAACAGAU